CAAAGCGUAAGGCAUAUUCCCCUUUACGGGAAAAAGUGGCUGGACCGGAGGAAUUGGAUGUUUUCCCGCCGUCCAGUUAGCGCUAGAACAUGUUAAUGACCACCCCCAUCUCCUUCCGGGAUACCAACUCACGAUGCGUUAUAAUGACAGCGAGUGCGAUCCGGAAAAAGGAAUGGCGAUUUUUAGCGACCUGAUAUAUAAUAAGCCACAGAAAAUAAUGGUACUGGGUCCAGGUUGUUCUGCCGUCACGGAAACUGUGGCGGAAGCCGCAAAAAUGUGGAAUUUAGUUGUCAUGUCUUAUGGUUCCACCUCUCCUGCGCUUUCCGACAGACGAAAAUAUAAAACAUUUUUUCGAACGGUUCCUUCGGCAGGCUUCCACAAUCCCGCUUACAUUCGGCUACUUAAACAUUACGGUUGGCAAAAAAUUCAUAUUAUAUAUGAGGCGGAAAAAGGGUUCAAUUCGAUUGUGGGCAACCUGGAAAAAUUGUGCGAGCAGAAUGAAAUCGAGGUGGUCACCCGGCAGUCGUUUCUGUACGACCCCACGGAAGCGGUGAGAAAUUUGAAUCGGUCUGAUGGCGGAAUUAUUGUGGGUCUUUUCUAUGAGACAUCAGCACGACUCGUAUUUUGCGAAGCCUAUAAAAAUAACUUGUACGGCAACCGAUCUAUUUGGUUAAUUGACGGUUCGUUUGCGAACAAUUGGUUUAAAGUCGAUCCGGGGGUUACUUGCACAAAAGACGAGCUCCAAGAAGCUUUGGAGGGACACCUAACACUGGAACCGUUCAAUAAAAAUUCCCCCGGUGUGUCGACGAUUUCCGGACUAACAACAGAGCAGUUUUUCAAAGCGCUGGAACCUCGGAUGACCACAAGGUCACGGGAAAGAGCGAGCUACGCGGAAGCCACUCUGGCGUACGAUGCUGUCUGGGCUAUUGCACUAGCUCUGACCAAGUCCAUUCAAGUGCUAGCAGAAUUUGGAAAGCGACUGGAAGAUUUUACGUAUUCGGACGAAUUCACAUCACAGGUCAUUUAUAACGCAACUGAAAGAACGGAAUUCGAAGGAGUUUCAGGCCGUGUUUCAUUUACGUAUGAAGGUGAUCGAAUAGCGGAAACCCAAAUCGCACAGAUGCAAGAUGGCGAAUACAAAAUUCUUGGCUGUUACAACCCAAACACCGAUGAAAUUGGCUGGGAAGACGCGGUCUCUCUCAGGACAGGUGGAUUGAUGGGAAACCGCCAGGUCACACAAAGAGGCUUUCGUGAAACAGCAAUACAGUUUGGAAUUAACGGUUUGGAAUUGCCAGUUUGACUGCCAGUUUUGAUCAACUGCAUGUUCAAAUUCAUACGGAAAAAUUCAUACGGCCUAUCCCUUUAAAGCUGGGAUAUGUUUGCGUACAUGUUGCGAUCUUAUCAGUUCGUAUUUAAUCCGACGUAUGCAGCUGGCACUAUAACUUUAUAGUCUUCUACUAACCGUUUUUCAGUUUCAAACACUGAUUAUAUUUUGGUCACCUCAUUUAUACGUCAAGUCACCUUGUUGGUAUGCUGUUACUUUUGUUCAGAUAAUGCUUUGUGGUUUCGCGUUUCCUUAGGCUUUACAUAUCCAGUUCCUAUGAUCGCUUCUCAUGAUUAACGGUAUUAUUGUGAUGCAUCAUUUAAAAUAAUCUCCGCUCUUUUUUUCGCCUAAACUUGCUCGUUGAUGUCUUCGAACUGUUAGGCUUAUUCAGUAGUGUAUAUACGUACUUUGG